UAACAAACCAGUUUCCAAGGGAGUCCUUGGCUUCCUGUACCAACCAACUGCCACCCUGAGACAUUCCUCUUCAGAAAACCUGGGCUUGCCUUAAAGGUGCUUCUCCUUGGUUUGCCCAGCCCUCAGGAGUGGUCUGGUCAGAGCAGGGCAGGACUGCCCUGGCCUGCUCCAGACACUUUCCUUCUACUAAUGCAGCCGAAGAUCCCAUUCGUGUGCUUGGCAGCGGCACCCACUGUUGACUCAUAUUAGCUCUGUGUUGACUAAAUCCCUGGCAUCGCUCUUGCUCGUGCGGCUGUUGCUCAGCCCCGUCUCCCCACUCCCCUGCGUGCACAGUCUCCCGGCAGCUCCGUGCGCAAAGCUGCUCGGAUGUGUGGUUGGCUGGUUCGCACUCCCACUCUGCCUCAGAGGGCACGGCUUUGUUGGCCAGUAGUACAGUCGGCACAAUUGGUUUCAUUGUCUCUGGAACUCCACGCUGACGUGCGGUGGUGCCGUGCAAACAUGGCAAGUUUCAGGGUGAGCAGAGCCGUGGUUGAGUCUUGCCGGUUGCCUGGGCAGCCUUGGGCAGCUUAAGCUCUCUGAGCCUGGAUUUUCUGGUCCUUAAAAUGGGGAUGUUGGGAGGCUUGUAUGACAAGAAGGGUACAGAUAGCCUCAGUAUAAUGGCAGGAUGCUGAAGGGUUGCUGGCAGCUCAUAGCCUUACGCCAACACACCUCCUCUUUGGCCCGUGGAGAAGGCUUGGACAAAUUUGUGGUAGUGAACACCAUGCUGCGCCAGGACAGUUAAACAUGGCUGGGCUCUCCUUUAUUGGAAAUUGGAAGUUAGAUGUCAUAUGAGAGGUGGUCUUUAAAAGUUUCACUUUGGAUGAGAAAAGUGUACAACCCCUCCCCACCCCCCACCCUCAACAGAGAAAUGCAAGACCUGAGGAUUUCACAACUGGAACCUCUGAUCCAACAAAACUUACAUGUGGUAACACAGAGAUCAUAUGCCUGUUUGGGAGUCCAAAGGGACCCUAGGCAGCAGGUGUCCCGCCCACUGUGCAGAUGGGAAACUGAGGCCUGUGAGUAUAAAGUGACUUACCUGCAGUUACUCAGUGAAGAGUUGGAAUGGGCUGCUUUGGAAACCCCGACUGUGUCGCCUUUGGAGAAACAUGCCAAAGGCCAGGAUUUGUUCGAUCAGAUCGUGUACCACUUGGACCUCGUGGAAACAGAUUACUUUGGCCUCCAGUUCCUUGACUCCGCCCUAGUCGCGCACUGGCUGGACCAUUCCAAACCCAUAAAAAAGCAGAUGAAAAGUUCCGUUGGGCCUGCUUAUGCUUUGCACUUUCGAGUUAAAUAUUAUUCUUCAGAACCGAACAACCUUCGUGAAGAGUUUACAAGGUACCUGUUUGUUUUACAACUCAGGCAUGACAUUCUUUCAGGAAAAUUGAAAUGCCCAUACGAAACAGCUGUGGAAUUAGCUGCUCUCUGUCUACAAGCGGAGCUUGGGGAGUGUGAGCUUCCAGAACACACACCAGAGCUUGUGUCUGAGUUUCGGUUCAUUCCAAAUCAGACAGAAGCAAUGGAAUUUGAUAUCUUCCAGAGAUGGAAAGAGUGCAGGGGAAAGAGCCCUGCCCAGGCGGAACUCUCCUAUCUGAAUAAAGCGAAGUGGCUGGAAAUGUACGGGGUAGACAUGCACGUUGUCAGGGGAAGAGAUGGCUGUGAAUAUUCUCUUGGACUGACCCCGACAGGCAUAUUAAUCUUUGAAGGAGCUAACAAAAUAGGCUUAUUCUUUUGGCCUAAAAUUACCAAAAUGGAUUUCAAGAAGAGCAAAUUGACACUGGUGGUGGUGGAGGACGAUGACCAGGGCCGGGAGCAGGAGCACACCUUCGUGUUCCGCUUGGACAGCGCCCGGACCUGCAAGCACCUGUGGAAGUGCGCCGUGGAGCAUCACGCGUUCUUCCGGCUGCGGACGCCAGGAAACAGCAAGUCCAAUAGAUCAGACUUCAUCAGGCUGGGGUCUCGCUUCAGAUUCAGCGGGCGGACGGAAUAUCAGGCUACACAUGGGUCCCGGCUACGAAGAACCAGCACCUUUGAGAGGAAGCCCAGUAAACGCUAUCCGUCCCGGAGACACGCGACAUUCAAAGCAAGCAACCCGGUGAUAGCCGCUCAGCUCUGCUCUAAAACAAAUCCUGAAGUCCAUAAUUACCAGCCUCAGUAUCAUCCCAACAUCCACCCCAGCCAGCCCCGGUGGCACCCUCACUCUCCGAAUGUAAGCUACCCGCUCCCUUCCCCAGGGCUCAGCAGCUCAGACCGGCUGCCUUUCAGCAUCGAGGAGAACGGGGGCACGCCAUUCACUACCAAAGCUUCGGGAAGGCACCACCACCACCACCAUCACCACCAGCACCAGCACCAGCAUCACCCCAACUAUGGCCUCUCGCUGACCCUGGAGAACAAGGAGGGGCCUUUGAGGUCCCCAAACUCCAGCACUAAAUCGCUUACAAAACUGACUCCGGGAGCACCUGCCCUGUUCAGUGAGACAGCCACCCAUCUAAAGAAGCUGGAACUGGAGACUGUGAAGGCCGCUGGACCCUGGCCUGCUCUGCACAUCAACAUAAAUAAGGCUGAAGAAAAGAAAGUUUCUGAGAAGACUCUUCAGACCCCACUCUUGCCUUCACCCGUGGCCGAUCACGUGAAGUGUAACAUUUUGAAAGCCCAGCUGGAGAGCGCUUCCCGCGGGAGUGCCCAGGCUGGAAAGGAGGAAUCAACGUUUGUAAAUAUCAAUAAGAAAUCGAGUCUUCAGGACGGGAAUGUAAGAAGCCCUAUUCCUAUACGUGUGGAAACGACCCAACCAGCAGUGGAAAAGCCGGAAAUCAAGCCUCCCCGAGUGAGGAAGUUAACGAGACAAUACAGUUUUAACCGCAGUGAUGAAGACGACCUCCCUCCAGAGCUGGCCGAGGCAGUAGGCGUGCCCGUGACCACCACACCAACCGCCACCACCACCACGACUGCCACCACACAAGUCUCAGCUCCACUGGCGUCCCCCAAGGUCCACAAACUCAGCUCGCCUCAGGAUUCAGAAGGCAAGAGCCAGCUGUCCCCAGGGGCCAAGAGUCCCUCUGACCACGGAGGUGCCUUUACCUUGGAGCCAGGUGAUCUCCUGAUGGACUUCACAGAAGCCACUCCUCUGAUAAAAACAUUCCCGGUUGAUACAGUGACCCCGUUUCCCGAUCCUUUCAUUACGGGGCCCCAGUUUACGGCAGACUUCAGAGACGGUAAAUUACCGUGCUGCCCCGGCCAGUCUUCCCCGCUGAUUCCCACAGUGACCCUGAGGCCUUUGACCGAGACCAUCUCCACAGUGCAGACCAUCUACACCGCUCGGAAGCCCGUUUCCCUGGCAGCCAGUGCAGAGACGCUCCGGCAGGAACUGGAGAGAGAGAAAAUGAUGAAAAGACUGUUGAUGACCGAACUGUGAAUUCUCCCCUGGUUGCCCGGAGGAUGGCAUGGUGCCUUCUGUCAUUUUCUUUCUUCGGGUUUUGUGGGCUCACUCUGGCACAACCUGCUGAUGUGUGCUCUAUCCGCCCAGGUCUCCGUGGUAGCUGCAGCCAACA